GCGGAGGGAAACGUGACCGAGAUGGGGCAGUUAGCAGAGGGAGGAAGCGGAUAGGGAAGAGGAGAGGGAAAAGGAAAAAAAAAAGGGAAAGAGAGAACAAAGAAAUCGCGAGUCGGGAGGCGGCUUGUGCUUCUUGGGCUGCGGGGGGAAAACUUGCGGGGCUGCCGGAGCAGCAGCAGACGGCUUUGUCUAAAAGGGCUUGCAAAAGCACCACCUAAUCCUGCCGCUCCCCUCCCAUGCUGAAGGGAAGGAGGGAUCCUGGGAGCCGAGAGGGGGAACUGCUGGGGACUGCGGCGGCCGGGGGGGCAGUGCCGAAGUUCCCCGCCGAGCGCUCGGGGCCGGUGCUGGGUGUGGGCGCCCGCAGCCCGGGGAAAGCGGGGACGGGGGGGGGGUCCGGGCGGCCCCUGCCCUCGGUGCCCGGCACGCUCGGGGAUUACUGGGCGUUUCGAGCCAACAGCAAAACUAGCAAGAUUUCAAAGUGAAAUUCCGGAGGAAAUUUAAAGAGCAUCCGGAUCCGGAGAAAGACAGACAGAAAGAAAGAGGAAGGGAGAAAUAAAUCAAAACGUGGAGAGAAUCUCAGGCAGCUGAAGAAAGGACGGGAGAGAAAGAAGCUGAUACCCGGCAGAGAUGGGGAAAUGAAUCACUGUGGAGGCAAAACCAAAAAGGAGCCUCAGUCCAGCUAGGAGACCUGAGAAGGAAGCUGUUGGAGGAGAGACGCAUACUAACUCCACUGGCCUGUAGUCUGUCUUACCCUUACUAACAAAUGUCAACAACUAGGGAGCAGCCAAUCUUCAGCACCAGGGCCCAUGUUUUCCAGAUCGACCCUGCCACCAAACGGAACUGGAUCCCUGCCAGCAAGCACGCUUUGACUGUCUCAUAUUUCUACGAUGCCACACGCAACGUGUACCGGAUCAUCAGCGUGGGGGGCACCAAGGCAAUCAUCAACAGCACUAUUACCCCCAACAUGACCUUCACAAAGACGUCCCAGAAAUUUGGACAAUGGGCAGACAGCCGAGCCAACACGGUCUAUGGGUUGGGCUUUGCUUCGGAGCAACAUCUUUCCCAGUUUGCAGAGAAAUUCCAGGAAGUAAAAGAAGCAGCCCGUUUGGCGAGGGAGAAGUCCCAGGAUAAAACAGAGCUGACCAAUCCUGCCCUGAAUAUCACAUCUCACCAGGUACUUCCCAGCCCCAUCAUCAGCUCCAAUGGGCCAGGAGAAGACAAACUAUUCCGGAGCCAAAGUGCCGAUGUUGAGAUAACAACAGAGAAGGAGCGGCUGAAGAAGAUGCUUUCAGAGGGUUCGGUGAGCGAGGUCCAGUGGGAGGCGGAAUUCUUCAGCCUCCAGGACAACAACAACAAGCUAGUGGCUGCUCUCCACGAAGCCAACGCCAACGUGGACCAGUGGAAGAAGCAGCUGGCUGCUUAUCAGGAGGAGACGGAAACGCUGCGGCAGCGGGUAGCAGAACUGGAGUCACAGGGGGCUCACGAUUCCUCCAGUGAGAACAAUAAGGAAGAGCUGAGCCAAACCCUGGAGGAGCUGGAACUACUGAUCAAGGCUAAAGACGAGGAGAUUCAGAUGCUAAAGAGCCAAAAGUGUGGCCGAUGGGAAGCAGAGGGUGAGCGUGAGGAGACACUGCAGAAGCUGCAGGAGCUGGAGGCACGCAACGCAGAGCUGGAGCGGCGCCUUCAUUUGGCUGAGCAGACGCUGGCGGAGACCCUAGCCGAGAGAGAGAAGAUCCAGAACGAGGUCACCAAGGUGGCAGAGAUAAUGGAUGUGAAGAUAUUUGAGCUCAGUGAGAUCCGGCAGGGACUAGCCAAGCUGGUCGAGAGCAACUGAGCAGCAGCACACUCAUAGGAGACACCUCCGGAGGAGGGGAGCCCAAGCUGGGACUGGUCACUGACAGCAAUUAUGGUCACAGAACAGCCUCGAGGUCUGUUUGGGCAGGAUAUGCCAACAUACCAGCAGCUGCCUGGACAGUGUGGAGACCAGCCGCAGCCACUUACUGCCCACUGAACACCCAGACAGAGGGCAGAGAGGACCUGAGCUCCUGAAUCCUCUCCAGUGAGCAUCUACAAGUUACAGCCAGACUUCUCUGGACCCUGCCAUGGCUGUGGCAUGGUCCAGAGACAGCAGCUGUCCCCAUGCUGCCUUCCCAGCCUCCCUGCUGCCACACUGUGUCUCCAACGUUUUUACAGUUUUCUAGGGGAAGGGGCUGUGCAGCCUUUGCGUUUUUUUCAGUAGUUUUUUAGGAAACCACUUGCCUUUUUGCAAAUAAGCUGCCUGUUUCCUCACCUAGGGAGGGAGAAGUUCUAGCACACUGAGGACAGCAGUUGCUCCUUUUCCUCUUCCCCAGCCCUAACUACAUUAUGUCUUUCUACCAGGAUCCAGUAACACUGGUCACUGUCAGGAGCUUCCAGAGGUAGCAGAGUCCCCACUGCAGAGAAGGGUUCUUGUCUGACCGUGUGUCCUUUCCACUGUUCAGUCACGUCGUCCAGAGGAAAAAACUGCAGGUUUUAAAGCUCUUAUUAGUUUAACACAGUGGGAUAUAAUGACUUGUUAAAACUUUAAGCUGAGAAGAGCAGAGGCUUGGUUGGGAAAGGGGCAUUUGAGAAAUGGGACAUCCCUGAGGGGAUGGCCAACAGACUGCUAGAUUGGCAUCUCUCCUGGCCUCUGAGGGCUGCAGUUAAUUGAAAUUAAAUGGAGCAAGUCGCAUUUGCUCUUGGUUUCUUUUUUUUCUUUUUUUGUUGGGAAAUAGUCCACAGAGAUGUCCUGCUCUGUGUCAGUUGAGCAGUAUUCUUUGUGAAGGGUACGGGUCCCAGCUUGCCAUGCUUGGCCAAAUUAAAUGAGAACAGGAGGCGUUUGGAGCAUGCUGGGACCGGUGCCCUGCGGGGCCUGUGGGAAGUUUGUGAGUUAUCAUAAAUGUUGUCUAGUAAUGGGAAUUAAGCAAGGCCUGAGGGAAGCACCACAGAAACCUGGAAAGUUGUGUCGUCCCCUCCAGCGCCUGCUGUGCCCCCGUAGUUACCUAGGAGCAUGCUUAGCCCUGUGCUGAAUGACAAAGCAGUGUCUGCAUAGAAGUAGUUAGUAACCUUAUAGGAGUGUUGAUGGAUUUGACUUCUGUUGUUGGUUUUUUGCCUUCUUUGCCGCUAGAAGUUAGGCAAAGACAGCAGUAAUCCUGGGAUUGUUUCGCAGGUCUGCAGAAAUGCUGGUACUUAGCAAGCACUGGCUGCCCAAGUAUUGCCCUCUCCAUAUCCAGCCGAACCUCAGCAGACCUGUGGAAAGGUGGUGUGGCUCCUCAGGGCCUGCCUCUCCUUUCACUCACCUGGUGACCAUGAGAAGAACCCACAGCUUCCACGCACUGCCUGCAAGUCAGGGCAGGAUUUAGGUCUGGCACCUUGGGAAUCUGCUGGAGUGGAGAACUGCUGGUGACUCUGUGCUGGAUUGUGUCUAGGCAAAGCCCUUCCCUUUCCCAGGGGUGAUGAGGAAACAUUGAGAUUUUCAGACCUGCAUAGCCAGGGAAGGGCUUUUCUGUUUUGGGGUUGUUUCUUUUUUGUUGUUGUUUUUU